AUGGCGUGCGCCGCCGAGGAGGCUCUCGAGCGCGCGCGGGUUCGCUUCGGCAACGCCCCCGCCGACCGCGGAGCCACGACCGCCCCGAGGGCGGCAUCCUCCGAGUCGGACGCGGGCGAUAAGACCGAGGCCGACGUCGUCAUCAUCGGCGGCGGCCUCGCCGGUCUGUGCGCCGCGAAGAAACUCGCCGAGUCCGGCGUCGACUUCCUCCUCCUCGAAGCCUCCGACGCCGUCGGCGGCAGGCUCCGGACCGACGUCGUCGAAGGCUUUCUCCUCGAUCGGGGUUUCGCCAUAUUCCUCACCGGAUACCCCGAGGCCCAGGCGCAGCUCGACUACCAAUCGCUGGACCUCCGACCGUUCUACGCGGGCGCGGACGUGAGGUUCGAGGACGGGUUCCACCGCGUGGCGGAUCCCCUGAGGCACCCGGUCGACGCGCUCGCGUCGCUGAACCCCGCGCAUCCCAUCGGCUCCGUCGUCGACAAGAUCCUCGUCGGCGUCGUCCGCGUCCAGUCGCUCCUCGGCGACUGCUACGACAUCCUCCGCGCGCCGGAGACGACGAUCCGGCAGAGACUGGACGCCGCGGGGUUCAGUCAGGAGAUGACGCACAGGUUCUUCAGGCCGUUCAUGUCCGGGAUCUUCUUCAACCCGGAACUGCGCACCAGCUCCCGGCUGUUCAAUUUCGUCAUGCGGAUGCUGGCGACGGGCCAGAACUGCCUGCCGGCGCGCGGGAUCGAGGCCGUGGCGGCGCAGCUCCUGGCGUCGCUCCCGUCCGGCAGCGUGCGCGUGAACGCGAAGGUGACGGGGACGGUGCGCGUGGGCGACGACGGCAUCGCGGUCGAGGGCGACGGAGGACCCUCGAAGGUCACCGCUCGCUCUGCGGUGAUCGUCGCGACGGAGGGACCCGCCGCGGCGGCGAUGCUCCCUUCGCUGAAUGCCACCUCCCCGUCCGCCCCCGGCGCGCCCGUGGGAACCACGUGCCUGUACUUCGCCAUCGACGGCCCGCCGCCGCUGUCAACGCCGAUCCUCUACCUCAACGGCGACGGCGGCGGGAUGAUCAACAACUGCUGCUUCCCGUCGACGGUGGCGUCUACAUACGCGCCGGCGGGCAAGUCGCUCGCGUCCGUCUCCAUCGUCGGUGUCCCGAGCGGCAUCGGGGACGAGGCGCUGGUGGAGACGGUGCGAUCGGAGCUCGAGGCGUGGUUCGGGGCGGGAAAGUGCGAGGGACGCAACGGGGAAAGCCCGCCGGUGAAGGAGUGGCGUCACCUCAAGACGUACUCGAUCCCGUACGCGCAGCCCAACCAGGAGACGCCGUCGGAGUUGGAGCGAACGACGAGGCUCGGGGACGGGGCGUACGUGUGCGGCGAUCACAGGUCGCCCGCGACGUUCGACGGGGCGAUGAUGAGCGGACGGAUCGCCGCGGAGGCUGUCGUCGCGGACAUGGGACGAUGA